AUGGUGAAUCUGGAGCCCAUGCACACAGAUAUCAAGAUGAGUGGGGAUGUAGCGGAUUCCACGGAUGCCCGCAGCACGUUCAGCCAGGUGGAGUCAGGAAAUGAUCGAAAUGGCCUGGAUUUCAACAGACAGAUUAAGACGGAGGACCUGGGUGACUCUCUACAGCAGACCCUUUCCCACAGGCCAUGCCACCUGAGCCAAGGGCCUCCCAUGAUGCCUGGAAACCAAAUGUCUGGGGUAGGUGCCAGCCCAUGCCAUGGACCCUGGUGUGACAUGGCUUCCCUCCAUCCACUCCAGCAGCUUGUGCUGGUCCCUGGCCACUUGCAGUCUGUAUCCCAGUUCCUGCUUUCCCAGACCCCACCUGCGCAGCAAGGUCUGCAGCCGAAUCUUCUCUCCUUUCCACAGCAACAAAACCCUCUACUUCUCCCACAGACGGGGCCUGGCCUCGCCUCCCAGGCAGUUGGGCGUCCUGGGCUGCCAGGAUCGUCUUUAGAGCCCCAUCUGGAAGCACCUCAGCAUCUGCCAGGGCCCAAGCAUCUGCCUGGGUCUGGAGGUGCUGAUGAGCCCAGUGACCUAGAGGAGCUGGAGAAGUUCGCCAAGACCUUCAAGCAGAGGCGCAUUAAGCUGGGUUUCACACAGGGAGAUGUGGGAUUGGCAAUGGGAAAGCUGUAUGGCAAUGACUUUAGCCAGACUACCAUCUCAAGAUUUGAGGCCCUCAAUCUGAGCUUCAAGAACAUGUGUAAACUCAAGCCAUUGUUGGAGAAGUGGCUGAAUGAUGCAGAGUCCUCCCCGUCAGACCCUUCCGCAAGCACGCCCAGCUCCUACCCCACUCUCAGUGAAGUGUUUGGCAGGAAGAGGAAGAAACGGACCAGCAUCGAGACCAACAUCCGCCUGACGCUGGAGAAGCGAUUUCAAGAUAACCCUAAACCCAGUUCAGAAGAGAUUUCCAUGAUUGCGGAGCAGUUGUCCAUGGAGAAGGAGGUGGUAAGGGUCUGGUUCUGCAAUCGACGCCAAAAGGAGAAGCGAAUCAACUGCCCUGUGGCCGCCCCCAUCAAGCCACCCAUCUACAACUCCCGGCUGGUCUCUCCCUCAGGGUCUCUGGGCUCCCUCUCCAUCCCUCCAGUCCACAGCACCAUGCCUGGAACAGUAACGUCAUCCUGUUCCCCUGGGAACAACAGCAGGCCUUCGUCUCCUGGCUCAGGACUCCAUGCCAGCAGCCCCACAGCAUCUCAAAAUAACUCCAAAGCACCAGUGAACUCCUCCUCCGGCUUUAACUCCUCAGGAUCAUGGUAUCGUUGGAAUCACCCCACCUACCUCCACUGA